AUGAAGAAGAAGAGCAUUUUGUCUCGUAGUAAAAAGGACAAGGAGAAGAAGAUUGAGAAGCCUCUCGCGCAGCCGCCGUCGAAAGGCGGCUCGAAAACGUUCCAGCGGAAGGAGAUGAAAAAAUCGGUAGCAACGACAACACAAUCCAUAGCGCAGGUGCCGUCGUUGGAGAAGCUUGGCGCCAAAAAGGACGACAAAAAACCACCGAAAAUGGACGACGGAUACGAGGAUUUCGGACCAGGCGCUUAA